AUGUCCGCCCCGCCGCCGCCGCCAACGCUCCUCGACCCCUCCAUCUUCGCCUCCCUCGAGGCCAAGCUCGAGGAAGAGACGCAGAUCCGCGACGCCAUCUCGCAGCUCGUCCAGCGCCUCGACCGCUCCGUCGCCACGGCCCAGGGCCUGCUCUCCCGCGUGCACUCGACGCCUCGCGCACGCUACCCUCAACUCGUAGCCCAAGUCGAGUCCGCCGUUAAAGAUGAAGCGGCCAUCAUCGGCGAGCUCGACAAAGUCGCCUCACAGCACCCAUAUUACAAAUACAACCACAAAUGGUCGCGCUCCGUCCAGCACGCCAUCGGCACAGCAAUCUACUGCGCCUGGCUAGGCGGCUUCCCGCCCAAAGCCCCCGAAGCAGAAGAUGCCUCUGCUGAGGCACCCUCGUCAUCCACGUCCAAGGAAGCUGAAAUAGGCCGCCUCCUCACCCUCGAAGAAGUCGGCGCCAUCUUCUCCGUCCCCACAAACCUCAAAUCCCGCGACGCCUUCCACCUCACCAUAGAAGAAUACCUCCUCUCCCUCGCCGACCUCACCUCGGACCUCGCCCGCCUCGCCACAAACGCAGUCACCCUCGGCGACUUCCAGCUGCCCCUCACCAUCAGCGCCUUCGUCAAGGACCUCUUCGCCGGCUUCCAGCUGCUCAACCUCAAAAACGACAUCAUCCGCAAGCGCGCCGACGGCGUAAAGUACGACAUCAAGAGGGUCGAGGACGUCGUCUACGACCUGAGCCUCAGGGGCCUCAUCAAGAGGCCCGAGGCCGCGGGGGGAGCGGAUACUGAGAUGGAGGCCGCCGAGUAA